AUGCUGAGUCGACGGCAAGUGACCGUUCAAAGGGACAAUUUAAUUUCUAUAUGCAGAAUUUCAGUCAAGUGUCUGCUGGACUAUGCUUCUCUAUAUACCCAUGUGAAUGAUGACUGUGAGGAAUUCAUCAACUUCUGUGCAGUCUUUGAGCAGCUUGUUUCCCACAGACUAAAACCGAACCAGAAGAAGACAUGGCUGCCAGGACAAGGGUCACCACGACACUUCUGGGAUGUGUUGGUGGAUAACUACCACAGGACCCAGGGAUUUCUCUACCAGUCCUGUAUUCCCAACAUUGAAGCCAUCGAAACACUCAAGUCACCGAAAGCUAAGCUGAGGGCAUUCAUUAGAGUGGGAUUGAUGGAGAAACGGCUGUCAGACUACCUGACCUGGGUGCGGGACAACAAAUAUGUAAUGCGUGAAAGCUAUCUUGAAGGUGCAUUUAUGACUUCAGAAGAGGCAGCUGUGCUUGUGGGAGAGCUUGUCGGUCUAAAUGCCAUAGAUUUUAAUUUCUGUUUAAAAGGCAAUGAGAAUGAGCUGCUGGGACCACUUGAAAUCAACUACAGUCCCUUUUUGGUAUACAAGCAAAGCUCUGCUAGCCAGUGCAGUGAUGAGAUUGAGAUGCUCCAUCUGAGUGGCAAGGAUGUUGAUGAGCUGAGGCACACCAGCAGUAUUUUGACUGAGAGCAAUCUCACUGAUGUCCUGCGUGUCCAGAACCUGGAGAAGGACAUGAGGCAGAUCAAAGAACAAAAGGACUACCUUGAAGAGCUCCUGCGGCUAAGGGAACGACAACUAACAGAAGCCAACAUGAGGAUUGAGAAUGCAAACAUUGAAUGGCAGCAGACGGAGAGACGCCGAGAGCAAGAACGAUUAACGAUGGAAGCAUGUAUUUUAGAACUUCAACAAGAAAUGGCCAAACUGCAAAAGUCAAAUGAUUCUCUAAAAGCACAGCUGUCAGCAUCGAAGGUGUACAAACAGAGAACAGAGGUGAAGGCAGGUCCAAAGUUUGAGACUGCCACAAGUGGAGAUAGGCAAAGGAACCAGUCUGCAAUGCAUGUGCAAAUGGACUCUAUCUGGAGCAGAUCAAGCCUCCCUCAAAUGUUUGGUGAGCAACCACCUGCAGCUGCUUCAGCUGAACAUCCAACUGAGGCAGAUAGAUUCAGCAGCACCAUUACCCAAGAGACAGAGAAUCAAGAUGUGAGUGAGGAUCAUCAAACUGCAGUUCUGCUUGGAACACAGUCGAACCCAUACAUAAAAGAAACAAUUGAUGGUCAGUACAAAGAGAAAAUGUUUUCAUCACAGAGCAAAGGAACUCUGCAGGCCCACGGUAUCCUCCAGCUUGAAGAUAACCAGGUAAAUCUGGAGCAUCCUUUGCAACCAGGGGUAAAAGAGCAAGUUCCGCAGACUGCAACUCUUGAGCACCAUUCAGAACUAGAUGCAAAAGUACAGGGACCUCAGGCUGCAGUGCUUCCACGUCCAAAGGGACUUGAUUCAAAACCUAAGGUCCCGAAUUAUGAAAUUCAAAACUCUGGUGCAGUCCUAGACAAAUCAGAAAGCUCUGUUGUUUCAGAGCAAGCAGACAGUAGGCACUAUAAGCAAUCCCAGGAGAGGUCAAUUGACUCCAGAGCACAAACAGCGAAUCAUUCCAACUCAAAUUCCUUAGCAGCAGAACACAACAAUCCCAUUCUCUUUAAUGAAAACAGCAGCAGCAAUGCUGAACUUGCAGUGGAACUCACUCAAGGAUCCACUUCAGGUAGCUCAACAGGAGAGUCCCCAUUUUUGGAAGGGCGAGAGCAGAGCUUUCCGUCUGCUGAUGAUGACAGUAACAGCAGUGAUGUUAUUAAGCAACAACAAGAAAAACAAGAACAAUGUAGACAAGAGCAGGAACACUUGAAACAAGAACAAGAUGUGCUAGCAGAGUCUGUGAAAGCUGCUCGUGUUAGCAGUGAUGGCAGCCAUGACACAUAG